GUGCUGCAUCUCUACCGGAAGACGGAAUAUAAACAUCUCUAGCGGAGCAAAAAGAAGCUAGGUGCAGUUUUCCGAUGCGAUCGUUGGUGACGUCGUUGCUUGUUUGUAGCGUUUUACGCUAUGUUAACAAGCUAGACUGACAAAAUAGACACAUUUCGUCGGUAUUUUGAUGGGCUUACGUCGACGACAAAAAAAGGCACCUGGUUUAUUUGAGCUAGCUCAUCUCUAGUUAGCCGCUGAGCUAACCCCGCUACACCUCCUCCGCGAGUCGGUGACCAGGACCAAUGCCUCAGGAAGGAGAGCAGCCUCUUCCCCUGGUCCGCUCGCUGAGCAGCGAGAUUCGCGUUAAUGUUGUCUUCUGUAACCGCACCAGGCGUGUUGUCCGGCCGCUGUGGAUAGAUUACCGCGGCGAGCCGCGACCUUACGAAGACAUCCAGCCAGGAUCGGGACGGAGAAUGAUCACAUACGUCGGCCACCCUUGGAUCUUCAGAGAUGCGGAGACAGACGAACCUUUUAAAGUCAACUGCAAGGAGCUUUUUGUGCCGAAGCCGUCAGAUGAAGGGGAUGUACAUGUUAAUAUCACUUUGCCAGUUGACAGUCUGAAGGAUCGAGCUCUUUAUGUCGUACGACGUCUGGUGCAACCAGAGGACUACAGAAGGCUGGAAAUCGCACGAUGCCUUCACGAGGAGCUGGAAAAUCCACCCAACCACCUGAGAGAUCUCCAGCGCAUUAAUCAGCGGGUAGAGCAGCAUCUGCUGGAGAGCAUCCAGAGGCGCGAGGGAGGAGAGAGCCAGGAAACCGGAUGAGUGUUUGUUGCAUAUGAGCAUCGGUGCUGCAGUGCUCUCUCAAAAAAACUAAAGACUGUCUGGAUGAGUCGCUGCUGUUCAUGUGCUGUAAAGGACUCUCUCUGUGAUUGGCUAUCGGAUUCGUCACGCUCACUCUGAUAGUCUAGCAAAAAAGUCUCCCUCGGGAGAAAAGCCAAUUUAGCCUUUCAACAACCGCCUUUGAAAAAGAGAAGAAACAAUGCUGUAAUGAGACAAAACCGUUUGUGGGAAUUGAAAUACUCAUUUAUGUAAUAACAGCAAAUUCUAUGCUUUGAUGCAAUAUAGAGGAAUUUUGAAGAGCUAUAUGCAACUUUUGGGCAAUCUUACAUUUACUCAAUUUGAAGCUUCAGUUAAACUUUUUUUUUUCUUGCUGCUAAUUUUCUGUGAGGGGGGGGGGGGAAGUACAAUGCACCUAAAAGUUAGAUGAUAGGACACUGUGAGAGAUGUAUGCAUUCCUUUUUUUUUCUAUCCGUGGCCGAGAUCCUAAUUUGCAUAUAGCUUCUUUACCGGAAUUACUUCCACUGUAUAUUUUUGACAAUUAAUAAAUGCAAGAUAUAUUUGUUCCAGCGUGAACGUA